AUGGAAACUAAGAUUGAUGCAACAGUUGCUGAUAUCAAAGGGAAAUCAAGUUAUCUUGAGAGAGUUGCAGAAACUUUUAGUCAUAAAGCUAAAGCAAUGCUUGAAAUGAUGCCAUUUGAUCCUUUUGAAUACAAAAUAAUGCAAGUCUUCUUCCAUCUAGAUGAACCAAAUGAAAAAUUUCGUAAAAUAUUUGAAGAGCAUGUUUUUAAAAACUAUUUCUUCAAACUUGAUCAAUUGCAACAAAAUAAAAACGACGAACUUCUCGAAAAAAUCAGAGAGAAAGAAGAUAUCAAAGUAACAAUUGAAAAUGAUGAAAAUUUUGAUAAUCCACCUGAAUUUCAAUACAUUGUGAAGAAUAUUCUCCCCCAGCUAGUUACUGAAGAAAAUGUUCUCGAAAACAAAAGCAUUGAUGGUUGUAGUUGCACAGUGCAAGUGGAAGAGACUGUGGAAAGCUGUGGAAAAGACUCUCAAUGCUGUCCAAAGUUAUGCAAAAAACCAUUCAUGUACAAAAAAGACAACAAAGGCAUGACCAUAUUACGUUUGUUAAAAGGAAUCGAAAUUAUUGAAUGCGGUGAUAUUUGUGCUUGUGGUGCUGAUUGUAUAAAUCGACUCACACAACAACGAAAAACAGUCGAUCUUUGCUUGUUUAUGACAAAAGAUCGGGGCUGGGGAUUAAAAACUAUAAAUGAUGUUUCGAAAGGAACAUACAUCAUCGAAUACGUUGGAGAAUUAAUUGGUGAAGAUGAAGCUAAUCAAAGAACCGAAACAACAUAUUUAUUUGACUUGAACGAAGGCAUAGUAGCAGAUAAUCGCUUUCAUACAAUUGAUGCAAAUGUAAAUGGAAACUUGUCUCGUUUCAUCAAUCACUCUUGUGAACCAAAUUCUAAGGUUUUGUACAUAAAUAACUGCCAGAAAGAUCCAAAGAAUCUCAAGUUAUGCUUUUUUGCUAACAAAUUAAUUCCAAAAGAUACUGAGAUAACUCUAGAUUAUAGAGAUGGUGAGAUUAUACCUGAGCGAGCUGGUAUUCCCGCACUACUGCCUAUAUGUACUUGUGGAUCUGAAAAUUGCCGCAAAGUUAUUUACUAA